AUGGGGGCUGAAGCUGAAAUUGGAGACAAAAAAUGGCGUUACACAUGGGAAUCACAAUCUCACACACUAAUCAUCCGCUUAUUCCUUUUCCCAUUCUCCAAAACCAUAAACCUCUCUCUUCAACACCACAAUCUCACUGUUCACCUUCAUUCUCCACCCACUUUCCUCACUCUCAUUUCCUCCUCCUUCCUCUCCCUUAGGGUUUUGAUUCCCAAUGUCUUACUCGACGUCGAGCUUCCUCCCACCGUCAUCUCAUUCACCGACCAUAUCGAAGUCAAACUCCUCCUCUUACUCUCCGUCGAUCACCCUGCCCUCUCCGCACUUCAUCAAACCUCGCAUUUACCUCAACCUUUCCUAAUCGAAUACAAUGUAGACAAAUUGUCUUCAGCUGGAGAAGUCAAAUUUGUUUGUAGAAGUUGCAGAUGCCAUUUGACCAAUAAACCUAUCAGGAAUUUUGUUGAAAUGUCGUCAGCGAAUUGGAUGGAGGUGGCUGACAAUUGGUUUGGUGCUUGUUGUUGUUCAUUUGGAGGUAUAAGUGAGAAGCUGGUGACGAGGUAUGUCAAUUCUCACACAUGUGCACAAGGGAUGCGCCUGUUGAGCUCUACAUCUGUCACUUUUAGCAAGGAUGAUCUUGUGGAAAGUGACUUUCCUGAGCAGUGUGGACAGCUGCACGGGCGUGGUUAUGUAGCCGAUGAUUUUGGAAUUGAUGUUGUUAGUGAAGGCGUUGGGAUUUUGGGCUGA